AUGCUGGAAGUCAACAUCAAAAAAAACAUUGACGAGUAUAAGAAAGCCAUGAGCGAGAUGGAUGUAAAGACCUAUGCUCGUUUCCAGGUAACGUCAAUCGAAUUAACAGGCGGAAUAACCCUGCAAAAUAUGUCGUAUGAGCUAUUCGCGAAAAACAUCUGGUCCUACAUCAUGAACUACUACCCGGAUGGACCGAAACCAUUUGUCAAGAUGGACGUCUUCAUGUCAUUACUCACUCAUACAGCAUCAAUAUUUGAAAAGGAGCCAACUGUUCUCGAGCUCAGUGGUGAGAUCACGGUGAUGGGACCAAUUUAUGGCGAAGGUGAUUCUCUAAUCACACUGCUCUCACUAGUAGGAAUGCCACCACAGAAAAGCUAUGUGUUCCUUGGAUGCUACUUCGGGCUUGGCUUC